AUGGAUGAUAAAGAAUUUCACUCGAAUCUGAUGAAAGUGCCAUCACGCGUUUUAGAAGAAUACUUCUUUGGAAACCACUUUCAACAUCCAUAUUUGUUGGCGACGAGUUGUAGCAAACGAAAAGGAGGUCAAGUGAGAUUUACGCCGCAACAAACACAAAAUUUGGAAAAAAGAUUUUCCUUAAAUAAAUAUUUGUCACCCGAAGAAAGGAGAAAUCUCGCAAAGCAAUUGAGGUUAAGUGAUCGACAAGUUAAAACUUGGUUCCAAAAUCGUCGUGCAAAAUUCCGUCGGGCAAUUUCCUCAACAAGACAAGUUGAUAACGAUUCUCCAACGAAUGAAGAAGCAACCUCGUCUUCCAAUCUUCUCAGCUACAGACACGUUUUGGAUUACUCAACCUCCAUGAAACCGCAGACAAUUUGUAACAAUCGAUCGUCUUCAAGUCUGGAACAUUUGCAUGACAUCGAUGUCGAAGAUGAAAAUGAUGACGAAAAUGCUUCGAGAGAUACAUCACAGACAUAUCGGAGCAAAAGCAGUCGAUAUGAAACAUAUGGAAUGGAUAAGUGA